AUGGAAUUCGAAUCGGAUGAGCAACUUCCUACUUUUGAGCCAUAUGUGGCCACCUCAUUCGAUCAUUCUAUGCCUCGAAUUCACCUGGCAGCGUUUCUCACUUUCUCUCUCGACGAGCCCUCCAAAGCCGUCCCCAUUUUAGAGAAUGGAGUGGAACGCCUCAUCAAAUGUCUGACGUUUCUGACAGGAAACGUCGCUUUCUCAACCAGGGUACCAGGCAAGGAGAAUGUCUUCGAGAUACAACCCCCAACAAAGCAAUUCCUACUGCAAUAUCCCAUAUUCAGGAUAAAGUACCACGAACAGCCCAUCUUCUCCGGAUAUUCCCGUCACGUUGUGGCACAGGACAUCUUUCUAAAUGAGGACAUUAUCCCGAUUCCCUAUGCACUGGCAGAGGACUACCCAAGUCCUGUGUUCAGAUUCCAAGCCAAUGUCAUGCCGGACGGAAUCAUACUCUGCUAUAACUUCCACCACACGGCGCUAGACGGUAUUGGGGUCGCUGUUGUCAUGGAUGCGCUUGCAGCGCUUUGUCGCAGUCCAAAUGCGGGCCCGGAAAUCAUACGAACAAAUCCGCUGAAAGAACAAGAAAGUCGACUAAAAAUAUUCGAAGCGGCCUCUACUCUGAGUAUCAAAGGUUGCCCUCAAAAUGAGGACCUUCUAUCUCCAUGCGAGCCCACAUCAAGUUCGAUACCCUCUAUACCCGUAUCUCGAAAGUUCGUUCUCGAUACAGAUAAGAUAGCAAAACUCAGGACUGAAUGUGCUACCAUCCUGAAGAACCAGUCCAAUCCCCAUGCUAGCAAAAUAUCCAGCAACACCAUCCUUACUGCGGUGAUAUGGCUGUGCACGAUCCGAGCUAUCAUAAAAACCGAGCCAAGGCCAAUGCCAACCAAGUCCUGCGCCGUGUUAGUCACCGAAGCGCGGUCGAAACUACGGCCAAAGCUACCUCUAUCAUACAUUGGCAACGCAGUGAUUCUCCACGACGUAUACACACCUCUCGAAGCGGUUAUUUCUUCCGCGAUCGGUUCCAACAAUAACACUCACAUCACACCCCGUCUCGACCACGACGAUAUCAAACUCCUUGCAGAGCUCGCAAGUUUAGUUCACACUGCUCUAGGCUCUGUCACCGACGAGACUAUCCGGGAACUCAUCUCCGCCAGUGCCGCGAGUGACAACUGGGCUGCGAAUAAUCGUCCCAGGGACCUUAUAGUCAGCUCGCUGCGUAGCUUCCCAACUUACCAUCUUGACUUUGGACCGGUAUUGGGGCCAGUGAGGGAUUUUGAUAUGCCGGAACAUCGUGUCCCUGGCCAGGCGUGGAUUAUGCCAGCCCGGUACAGGGGCCGGUCUUCGCCCUGGGAAGUCCGGUUGACGCUGGAGCCUGCGGUCAUGGGGAAUGUUGAGAAGGAUAGGUUGAUGAUGUGGCUUGGGCCCAGGGAGGUAUCCAAGGUGUGA